UUCGAAAUAGACAUCAAUAAUGGAUAAAAGAUUUCUAUAUCUCGAAAUUGGCAUUUUUCUCAAUUUCAAGAAUGAAAUUUCCUACAAAUUAAGUACUAUUCAAUUUUAUUUAUAGCGCAGAAUACUAAAUAAUAUAUUAAUAGAUAAAGAGUAGGUCUUUUAACCCUUCAAUACCAAUUAACCAAAAAUCAGUAUCAGUCAUCUCAGCAGCUGAUAAUCAAAACAAGUAGAGUAGUGAUUGCAUUGGUUGUCAUUGAAAACAGUUUGAUAUGAAUUCAGAUUAUGACGAAAAUCUACGGGAAAACAUAUUUUUUAUGGAAAUUUUGAAACACCAUUCAGAUAUUAUAAAAAAGGCUGCAAAAGAGAAUUGGAAAAUCUGCAUACCUCGAACUGGAACUAUUGAAUCCAACGAAAUAAAUAUAAAGAUUAUUUUAGAUCAAGUUCUAAUUCCACAAGAAGAUGGAAUUCUUAAAAUAUCUCAAUCAUGUUCAACAUUAUCGAAAAAACAGGUGCAACUACGAAAGAAUAAGAUCAUAAUAGAAGACUGUCACUUGUUCUCAGAUACCAUAAAUAUUUUGUUCAAAGAAACUUUUUAUGAUGGAAAGGAUAGCAGCUAUGCUGUUUGGUGUAUAGAUAAACCGCUAUUUUUGGACCAUCCUUGCUGUACUUUAGAAACUCAAGUUUUGGAGAGUCUUCCUGAUUGUAUAGACUUUCUAUGGGUUGAAAGUACUGGACAGGAUGUUUUACAACAAAUUCAGAAUUUGUGUAUAAAAUUUAUAGAAGCAACUCCUAAUUAUGAAUUGGAACAUAUUCAAACACAGAAGGAUCUUAUUGGGAGUUUAUACUCAAGAUGUCUUCAAAAAGCUUUAAGGAAUACAAGCAUAAGGGCCAAAGCAAUGGACAAUGACCAAUUUUUGGAGAAACUCAAAUUGGCUGUGGAGACAUACAUGCAAUAUUGUUUGGGAAAAAAAAUAAUUUUUGGUAUCAGUACCUUUAUGAUUGACGCUGAAUCUCAUUUCAAUAAAAUAAUAAAAAAUUCUCAUAGCAUUAAGGAUAAACAGUUGGGUAUAUCAUCGAGCUAUUGUGAAGUUCUGUCUGGUGCUAACUGUGAGUUAAAUAAAUUAAACAACACAUUCACUAUAUUGGAUAAAGUGAAUUGUCUUGACAGAACAUUCAAUGCUUUGUGUGGAAAGCAAAACAGCAGAGGUUGUAUAACUUCUGAUGAUUUACUACAAAUGUUUGCUUCAAUCAUUCUCAAAGCUAAUAUUUUUAAUUGGGUUUCAAAUUUGCAUUUCAUUCAAGAUUUUAAAUUUUGUUCAAGCUCUUUCACUGACCAUGUCAACUUUUUAUUAACAACAUUGGAAGCUGCUAUUGAAUAUCUGAAAAGUGAACAUUUUUUUAAUUUACUGAAAAGUUCACCAGUAAAAUAUGUGAAAGAGCAGAAAAUUUUUGAAUUAGUCAGAACUGGAAAAUUGGUAUCACUGAAAGCUUUGAUUAAAAAUUCAGAAACUAAUGAGCUAGUAGGAAAAAUGUGUCAUCCUCUCUGCAUUUGCAAAGAUUGUGACCAAAUAGCUAAAAAUAUAUUGAUUGAUAAGGAAAUCAGAAAUGAAAAAGACCAAACAUUGCUCAUUUAUGCAACUCUGUAUAAACAGACAGAAAUUGUUGAAUAUUUAUUGAAUAAUUGUGUUGAUGUUAAUGCACAAGAUUAUUUGGGAAAAAGUGCACUGCAUUAUGCCUCAGAAAAGGGUCAUCAGGAUAUUAUAAUGUUAUUGAUUUCUGAUGAAAAUACCAAUAUAAAUAUUCAGGACCAUAAUGGGGAUACCCCUUUACAUUUGUCUACUGGGAGGGCCCAAGACAAUUGCGUAAAAGCUUUAAUUUAUUCAUCAUCCUCUUUGAAAAUGGACAUAUUAAAUAAUUUAGGUGAAAGUGUUCUGAGUUUGGCAGCUAAAGUUGGAUAUCUGCAAAUAAUAAAGAUUUUACUGGAGAAUUUAACAUAUACUCUAUCAGAAAAAGAAAUAUAUUCAAUAUUAAAUAAUUGUCAUAAUUUCAACAUAAAAAACAUUGUUGAACAAUUCUCUGUCAAAAAAGUGCUGUUUACAUUCCCUUUUAGUCCCAUAAAGUCAAUGGAAUAUAAAUCUAUUCAAGGUAAUUUUGGUAUCAAACCAAAAACAGAAAACGAGCAGAGGAAAGUUAACCUUCUGUUGAAUGCAAUAAGAAAUAAUGAUAUACCCUUAGCAUGUUUCUAUUUAGGGUUCAAUCAUCCUAAUCAGAGCAUUCUACCAUCAAAAUGCCACCCACUUUGUAAUUGUGCUAAAUGUCAAAAAAGUUCAGCUGAUGAUGUGGAAGUUUCAAUAGAUAUGAGCAGAAAAAAUUUGGAAAAUGAUCACGAGGAAAUACACAUCAAUAUGUGCAACAUUGACGGUUUGACACCCUUGCAUGUUGCUGCUCAAUAUGGAAGGAGUUCGCUGUUGAGGAUUCUUUUAGAUUGCGGUGCGCAAGUUAAUAUUCAGACAUAUAAAGAUUUGUAUACACCUCUGCAUUUAGGCUGUUUCUUUCAGCAAAUUGGUAUCGUUAAAGAGUUGGUGAAGUGUACCAAUUGUGACGUGAAUAUUAAAGACUCUCAAGGAAACACUGCACUUUUUUACGCAUGUAUAAAAAACGACAGCAGAAUUAUCGAAAUAUUGCUAAAGAAUGAUGCCGAUCAUGAAAUUAGGAACAACGAGGGAUAUACAGUUUGGGAUAUUUGUCAAAAACAAAUGUUAUAUUGUGCAUUUAAAGCAAUCAAAAAGAAUGUGAAAUAUUCAUCAGCAGAGCAGACAGACAAUCCAUGAUUUGUAUGUUUUUCAAAAAUAUCUUGGGUAUUUGUUACAUUCCAUGACAACUUUUUAAAAAGAUGCCUUGAUAAGUAGAUACACAAAAUUUUUCAGGCACUUCUGAAUUUUGUAUCGUUGACAAUGUACGUUUUUUUUCUUAUAAUAGUUGUAACCAUUACUAAUAAUUGUUAUAUGUUUUGUUUUGUUCUUCUGCGGCAACUAAUUGAUAAUAACUUGAAUCCAUGCAACGAAAAUGUAAGAAAAACUAAUAAUUGCUAUAAUGAAAGCACAUUUUUAUCAUUUAUGUUCAAUAUGAAGAUGAGUUCAUAAUUUAAUUUAUGUUAUAAAUUUUUAAAAAGCCAAAAUAUUUACUAGUCAUGAAUAUUUUUAUAUAGGUACUAUGUAUAUUUUGUUAAUGAACGCUUAUUAUAUAUUUUCCUUAAAAAAUUGUGUUUUCAUUAG